GUCGGCCGUGACGUCAGAGCCGGACCGGCUAAAGCGAGCGGCGGCGGCGCGGGGCGCUGGGGUGGAGACCGCUACCCGGAGCCGCGCGGACGGACGGAGCCCACGGCGCAGGGCAGGCGACCCCGAGCCCGGCCUCGGAGCCAUGGCCCUGAGCGAGCUGGCGCUGCUCCGCCGGCUGCUGGAGAGCCGCCACUCACGGAAGCUCAUCCUGUUCAUCGUGUUCCUCGCGCUGCUGCUGGACAACAUGCUGCUCACGGUCGUGGUCCCUAUCAUCCCGAGUUACUUGUACAGCAUUAAUCACGAGAAAAAUGCCUCAGAAGUCCAGACCGCCAAGCCAGUGCUCAUGGCGUCUACCUCGGGCCGCUUCCAGAACAUCUUCUCUUAUUACGACAACACCACCGUGGUCACCGGGAAUAGCACCGGAGAGCUACAGCGGGGGCCACCGCCUGCGGCCAGCACCCAGCACACGGUGACGAACACGUCCGCCGCGCCUUCUGACUGUCCCAGCGAAAACAAAGACCUCCUGAAUGAAAACGUUCAAGUUGGCCUGCUGUUUGCCUCUAAAGCCACCAUCCAGCUCCUCACCAACCCCUUCAUAGGACUGUUGACCAACAGAAUUGGCUACCCAAUUCCAAUGUUUGCGGGAUUCUGCAUCAUGUUCGUGUCCACCAUUAUGUUCGCCUUCUCCAGCAGCUACGCCUUCCUGCUGAUCGCCAGGUCGCUGCAGGGCAUCGGGUCCUCCUGCUCGUCUGUAGCCGGGAUGGGCAUGCUGGCCAGCGUGUACACGGAUGACGAAGAGAGAGGCAACGCCAUGGGCAUCGCCCUGGGAGGCCUGGCCAUGGGGGUCCUAGUGGGCCCCCCCUUCGGGAGCGUGCUCUACGAGUUUGUGGGGAAGACGGCUCCGUUCCUGGUGCUGGCCGCCUUGGUGCUCUUGGAUGGAGCUAUUCAGCUUUUUGUGCUCCAGCCGUCCCGGGUGCAGCCAGAGAGCCAGAAGGGGACGCCGCUGACCACCCUGCUCAAGGACCCCUACAUCCUCAUUGCCGCAGGGUCCAUCUGCUUUGCAAACAUGGGGAUUGCCAUGCUGGAGCCAGCCCUGCCCAUCUGGAUGAUGGAGACCAUGUGUUCCCGCAAGUGGCAGCUGGGCAUUGCUUUCUUGCCGGCUAGUAUCUCUUAUCUCCUUGGAACCAAUAUUUUUGGGAUGCUCGCACACAAAAUGGGGAGGUGGCUUUGUGCUCUUCUGGGAAUGAUAAUUGUUGGAAUCAGCAUUUUAUGUAUUCCUUUCGCAAAAAACAUUUACGGACUCAUAGCUCCUAACUUUGGAGUUGGUUUUGCAAUUGGAAUGGUGGACUCCUCAAUGAUGCCCAUCAUGGGCUACCUGGUAGACCUGCGGCACGUGUCUGUCUACGGGAGCGUGUAUGCCAUUGCGGACGUGGCCUUCUGUAUGGGAUAUGCUAUAGGUCCUUCGGCUGGUGGGGCUAUCGCAAAGGCGAUCGGAUUUCCGUGGCUCAUGACGAUUAUUGGAAUAAUUGAUAUUCUUUUUGCUCCUCUCUGCUUUUUCCUUCGAAGUCCACCUGCCAAGGAAGAAAAAAUGGCUAUUCUCAUGGAUCACAACUGCCCCAUUAAGACAAAGAUGUACACCCAGAAUAACAUCCAGUCGUAUCCGAUAGGUGAGGAUGAAGAAUCUGAAAGUGACUGAGAUCCUCAAAAGUCGUCAAAGUAUUUAUUUGUGCAAAACAGUGUUACCAGUGAAAUGACUCCUCCAGAACUUAGUCGCACCAUCGUCCCUGGCGAAAGCCAAGCAACCAAAGGUUAUUCAUUCUUCUCCGUGGUUGUGAUCGAUUGCCAACAGCCUUAUAAAGAAAAAGCAGCUUUUCUAGGGGUUUGUAUAAAUAGUGUUGAAAACUUUAUUUUAUGUAUUUGAUUUUAUUCAAUAUUAUACAAUAUAUUUUGACGAAAUAUAGUGUAAAUUAUAAAUAUUUGAAUCCAAAUCAAAUAUAAUUUUUAAAAAACUUACAUUCAUAAACACUUGGGCAAAAGAAUCGUAUAUUUUUUCUGAAUAUUGGUAAUGGGUGUUUAAAAUUAAAGCACACAUUAUCUCCGAGACACUUCCAACACUGAGAAACCAGAAGGAAGUCUGAAAAACAGAAUCAAGUAAGACAGCAUAUUAUGUAGUGACGCUGCGUGUGGUUAACUUGUAAUUACUAUCAACAUAUUUAUGAGUUAAAAGCUAGUUACCUCAAAUGCAGAGGACAGGAACUUGGGUCCGUCAUCUUAUGGACUUACCCAUAAAUCGUAGCUGGCAUUAGUUUUCUGUGUAACCAUCUACCUGGAAACAGAUGGUUUCAAAUUACACGUUUACAAUUACGUAAUUUGGUAAUUUGGCACUAGAGCCAGAAGGAGAAAACUAGAAAAUAGUCCAAAAGCGGAGAAAAGCACCCAAAGUAUAGUUGUAGAACUAGCUUUCCCUUUAAGAUAUAUACUGGAUUGUCUUACUGGAUGAAAGAAAAGUGAGGGUAGAGAUCCCUUAUACAGACAAGAUUAAGCAGGAUCGCUAUAUUAACGUCUCGUUCAAGUUUUAGACAUUUAAAAGGCUAAUCGCUGCUAUGAUGUGAAAAAAUCAGACCACGUACCUUUGACCUGUUAAGAGGCCAUCCAAGUGUUUUCUAGGUAUCUGUUAAAUUUUCAACUGUAACUAUUAUUUUUUAGACUUCUGACAGUUCGACAAAUUUUAAAGGAAGAUGGAGGAAAGAAAUCUUGAAUCACAUUAGGGAAAACAGGUUAAAAAAAAAAAAAAAAGUGGUCAGGACACAUCCCCUUUCAAAGACAGAAAAACCCCAAACAUCUAGAAAGGCGUAUGUAUUCUCGUGUCUAGUGUUGUGCAACGUGGUUUUUCUAAGCAUGACGACAUUGAUGUGCCUUUUCAACAGCAAAUAACUGUGUUAAUAGUAUCGUCAGUUGACGUCAGUUGACAUCAGGUUUUGUAGGAGAUGUGAUUGGAGUGCGCAGAUAGUGUAGAAUGUCGCAAAUACUUGUGAACUCUGUAGCUCUGUAAUCAGAAAUUACCUAAUGUCUGUUCUUUGUUAAGCUAAUACUGUGUUCCUGUUAACUUGGACAAGGAGCCAAGAACUUGAGAACGAGGACUCCUCAACCUCAACCUCGUAAUUCUCUAGAAGUAGCUAAUCCAUUUGCUUUAGGAAGCUUUUCUGUGGGGUUUUGAAUGAUUUGAAAUCUGGUUUUCAAGGGCAGCGAUGGAAGCAAAUGAACUUCACAUACUUGCCUUGGGCAACUUAAAACAAAUCUGUGACUCUGUAAAGAUGGAUGGGGAGGUGCUCUCCUAUGGCGAACCUAAAACCCUAAAACCGCGGGAUUGUUUUCUCCCACAGGGGAGACCCCCUUGGGGAACGUGCUACGGGUUUGUGGCUCUCCCUGACCACAAUGCUUUAUUCCAGUUUUAGUCUUGCCUCUAAGGCUUCAGUCUCUUCAAGAAUGACUGGCAGAGGCAUGCCCACUGUUGAUCUCCAGAGAGAAGACAAAAGAGACGGGAGUUUUUCAAAACUGUUUUAGCAGCAAAGGUAUCCAUUAUAUCUGAGGGGGUAAAAUUGCAAGGUCUUUUAUAGGACUGAUAUCCUGGGGUUAGCAAGACUAUGAAGUGACGCUUUUUUUUUCUUUUAAUGUGUGUAUCAGAACAAAGAACAUACAGCUCCCUGAACGUUUUAUUUUUUUGAGCAGAGGUGGGUCAUGUUUGUACCUGGCAAACAGAUACAAAACCACUAAUGAGGUAGCAAAGAAUAUUCAGUUCUUUCGACUAAGUGUAUGUGCCUGUUUUAGCUCGUUUCCUUAAUAAAUCUUCUGAACACUA